GCCGCGGGUCAGCGGGUGUCCUGGUCUGACUGGCUUCGGUCCUCUAGCUGUUGGUCAAUGGCGUUGGUGGCGGGAAAGUUGAGUGCCUCGCGCGCUGAGCCUUCGGGGCGAUGUGUAGUGACUUCCAUCGGUCUGAGUCCGGGACCGAGCUGCUUGCCCGACUUGAAGGUAGAAGCUCCUUGAAAGAAAUAGAGCCAUACCUGUUUGCUGAUGAAGAUUCACCUGUGCAUGGUGACAUUCUUGAAUUUCAUGGUCCAGAAGGAACAGGAAAAACAGAAAUGCUUUACCAUUUAACAGCACGAUGUAUACUUCCAAAAUCAGAAGGUGGACUGGAAAUAGAAGUCCUAUUUAUUGACACAGAUUACCACUUUGAUAUGCUUCGGCUUGUUACAAUCCUUGAGCAUAGACUUUCUCAGAGCUCCGAAGACAUCAUAAAAUACUGCCUUGGAAGAUUUUAUUUGGUGUACUGCAGUAGUAGCACCCAGUUACUUCUCACACUGUACUCACUAGAAACUAUGUUUUGUAGCCACCCCUCUCUCUGCCUUUUGAUUUUGGAUAGCCUGUCCGUGUUUUACUGGAUCGACCGGGUCAACGGAGGAGAAAGUGUUAACUUACAGGAGUCUACUCUGAAGAAAUGUUCUCAGUUCUUAAAGAAACUUGUAGAUCAGUAUCGCUUGGUUCUUUUUGCAACAACACAAAGUAUAAUGCAAAAAGCCUCCAACUCACCCGAAGAGGUGCCUUCUACCUUUAAACGUGCCUGUGAUGCAGAGGUGGACUACAGACCUUAUCUGUGUAAGGCGUGGCAACAGCUGGUAAAGCAUAGGAUAUUUUUCUCCAAACAAGAUGAUUCCAAAAGCAGCAACAAGUUUUCAUUAGUGUCACGGCAUUUAAAAAAUAACAACUUCAAAAAACUUUUUUUUAUUAUUGCAGAAAGUGGGGUACAGUUUUGUUGAUAUAUUUUGUAAGAUAGUCUCACAAGAUACUAAGUGUUACAAAGUCUCAGGCUUUCAUUCUGAAGUUUCAACCUCUGAAGGAGUUAAUAUAACAGUAUUUCAACACAGAAUGUAUUUCUUAAACCACUGCAGUAAAACUUCAGACUGUUCUAUUUCUGUAUUAUUGAAGAUUAAUCUGUAUGAUAAUAAAUUAAACUUUGUAUUGUUUCUUUUAUAAAAUAAAUAAUAUACAUAUUCCAACCUAAAUAAAACAGACUUUUAUAUAACCUUGUCUCAUAUUUUUGGGAUUCAUUUUAACUAAUUUAGGAAAGUUUAAAUGUGUUUCUAAUCAUAUAGUUCUUUAGGAAGAUGUGACUUUGGAAAGUGUUUCUGUAGAGCUGGUAUUUUCCGUAUAGGGAUGGGAACAAGGAGCUACCUUGCCAUCUGCCUUUUGGUGAAAACACCAAAGCUAUGACAUGUCAGCGCUUUCUGAUCUGAGUUUCACUGAAUUUUAAGAUGGAGUUACACUGUGAUUGAGUUUCUGUAUAAUUUAAAAUUUAAGGAAAUAAGAUAACCAUUUAAGGAACUCUGAAAUUUGUUUUGAAAUACGCAUUUUUGGGGGCUGGCAUUGUGGCUUAGCAAUUUAAGCUGCUGCCUGCAUCCCAUAUGAGUGCCAAGUGCCGAUUCGAAUCCUGGCUGCUCCACUUCCAAUCCCUCUCCCUGCUAAUAGCCUGGGAAAGCAGUGGAAGACUGUUUAAGUGCUUGGGCCCCUGCACUCAUGUGGGAGACUCAGAAGAAGCUCUUGGCUCCUGGCUUCAGCCUGGCCCAGCUCCAGCCAUUGUGGCCAUUUCGGGAGGGAACGAGCAGAUGCAAGACUUCUGUCUCCCUCCCUCUGUCUGUAAUUCUGCCUCUCAAAUAAAUAAAUAAAUAUUUAAAAAAAUUUUAAGUAACUGUUUUUAAAAAAUACUCAUUUUUUUCUUCAUUGAGUAAUAAACAAUGCUGAAACUAUAUCAGAACUGUAUGUUACUAACAUUUUGUUAUCUGUUCAGAAUAAUCAGACAUAUCUUGAAAUGAAUCAAAUCAUUUCCAUCUUGAGUGGCCAGAAUGGGGAACAUAUACGUUAAGGGAUAUACAAGAUAAUGCGUUGUGGCUGGCGCCACGUCUCACUAGGCUAAUCCUCCACCUGCGGCGCUGGCACCCCAGGUUCUAGUCCCUGCUGGGGCUCCUGAUUCUGUUGCUGCUCUUCCAAUCCAGCUCUCUGCUGUGGCCCGGGAAGGCAGUGGAGGAUGGCCCAAGUGCUUGGGCCCUGCACCUGCAUGGGAGACCUGGAGGAAGCACUUGGUUCCUGGCUUCGGAUCGGCGCUGUGGCGGCUAUUUGGGGGGGUGAACCAAUGGAAGGAAGACCUUUCUGUCUCUCUCUCUCUUUCUCACUGUCUAAGUCUGCCUGUCAAAAAACAAAACAAAACCAAGAUAAUGCGUUAUGGUAGGGGAAGAAAGUUUUAGAAAUUCUAUUUGUGUUUUCAUUGAAGAAAAUAUUAGAUUAUAUCAACAUUUGAUGUUGGGAUUGAUCCCAGUGGUCUUCACUCUGUGUGCCAGAAUGCCUUAUAUCACAUAUGUGUCCAAAUUUCUCUGGGAAAAGAAGAAGGGAUUGACAGCAGUGUUCCUAAGAGUUUGUUCAUGGGUAUGUUACCUAUUUAGUUCAAACUAAUGUAAACUGACUUGUUGAACGGCUGUUCUUGUAAAGGUUUGUUUUUUUUUUUUUUUUUUUUAAAUCCUGAAAUGAAGCCACAAUUACAGAUAAUGUUCUUCCUAAUGUGGGCAUAGCCCCACCUGUGUGCUCUGGCUCACUCAUAGUUUCCCAGAUCAGGGCUGCUUAGGGUGUCUUCUGGAUGCUAGUGCUUGCUCGGCUGCAAUCUGGACAAUCCUUAACCCUAUGAGGGGCAGAAUUUGGUAUAUAAAAACCCCAGCUCCCUUGGCCGUAAGUGAGAGGACACUGAGUUGCGAGUGUACUUCAAAAUGUGUGUGGAAUUAAAUGGAAUUAAAACAAGUUUAUUUUGUUGCAAAGAGAUUUUGAAGUCCAUUCAUAGAAUCUUCAAGAAAUUCAGGGAAAAGGUAUAUUGUAAAAAAAAAAAAAAACCUAUACAUGGAUUUAAAAGCUCUUUGCACCAAAGGAAACUUCUUUUGCUGAAUAUUUCCCAUGUUCAUUUUGAAGAAUGCGCGUGUUUCUCAGAGUGGCCCCAGGAGCCUUGAGUCCUAGUUGUUUACGGUGAUGAUCUGUUCAUUAACACAUGAGUUUUUGGCUUUGGUGCCUCCCUCCUCCCACUUCCUCACUCUCAUAGGGUUGCUUCCUGAGACUGUUUUCCUCAUAAACAGUAAUUCCUUGUACAGGAGCCGCUGUGUGUGAGGGAUAAAGGAAAACCAACUGUCCGCAGACAGCAAAAAGUCAUCAGACUAAAAGCUUUUCUGCAGUAUUUGCCCUCUAGCUACAUUAUGAAAUUUAAAACGAUGGCAGUCUAAUUGCCAAUCAAGUUCAGUUCCAUUGGAUCACAUUACUGUUGUUCACACCCACACACCUAUGUGGUCUCUAACUAGUGUUAUUACUUUGAACAUUUUAUCCAUAGUUCAUCCUUUUUCAAUUUUUAUUUCUGUAUUUUAUGACAUAAAAUGUAUAUUACAUGUAAGUAAUUUGUAAGUUUUUGAAUUGGGAAAAUAUGCUAAUUUUUCUCUCUGCUCAGUGUGUGAUCAGUGAAAUCUAUUGCUCUCUUCUAGAAUUCUGCUUCUUUCAGCUAUUAAGUAAAAGAUAGGAAAAUUUAGUUACCUUCCUUCUUAAGCUCUGUAGUGCAGUGAAGUGUGUGACAAAUAUAUAUGAAAAACUUAGCAAGUCCUAGGCAGAAGUCUAGCCUUGAAUAUGAUGAGUUUUUCCAUUUCUCCUUUAUAUAAAUGAAGUGUUAAUCUAAUGGACUGUUAUUCACAGAUUUAUCACUUAUUCUUCAGGAAUAAGAUUAAAAAAUAAAGAACUUUUACAUUAAAUUAUCAAUUGUAUAUUAAUGUGUCAGACCAAAGACUUAGUUAUCUUAAGGAGAUUUGUUAUCUGACAUGUUGGAAGGAAUUAAGAAUACUAGUUAAUAAAAUUUCUUUUAAACUAAAAGUCGCUGUAAUAAGACUUUGUGAGUGUUAUAGUAUUUGAAUAUUUGUAAAAAGAAUAAGGUUUAAAGAUAAAGGAAUAAAAAUGGCCUGUAUGAGGUUACAUAAAUAAUAGAUACUAGGGACACUGUAUAGAACCCAAAGAAUAUCCCAUUUUUAAAAGAUUCAUUUAUUUAUACAGAGAGAGAUCUUCUAUCAACGGAUUCACUCCCCAGAUGUCCACAAUGGCCAGCACUGAGCCUAGCCACAGUCAGAAGCUUUAGCCAGGUCUCCCACGAGAGUGUAGGGGCCCAAAUACUUGGGUCAUCUGCUGUUGCUUUUCCCAGGCCAUUAGCAGGGAGCUGGAUCGGAAGAGGAACAGCUGGGUCACAAACCAGUACCCAUGUGAUAAGCCAGAAUUGCAGGCCGUGGCUUUACUCACUACAUCACAACUCUGGCCCCUAUCCCAUUUAUUCUGUUUACCUGUAAGCAAGCAUCUCAAGUUCUGUGAGAAUCUAGAGGGAAAAAAUGCGUGUGAAAAUAAUUCAGUCACCUAAUAAACAGUAUACAAAAUUAAGAUAGUGCUUACCUUAUCACUUUCUUUGAAUGUAUAAAAUUUUCAACUUUAAACUAUAAAAUACUGUACUAUUAAUAUUUUUUAACACUUUCAUGCAGACUACUUUUCUCUGUAGAUUACUUAAGAAUAAGAAUAGGGACUAGUGGCCGGCGCCGCGGCUCACUAGGCUAAUCCUCCGCCUAGUGGCGCCAGCACACCGGGUUCUAGUCCCGGUUGGGGCGCCGGAUUCUGUCCCGGUUUCCCCUCUUCCAGGCCAGCUCUCUGCUGUGGCCAGAGAGUGCAGUGGAGGAUGGCCCAGGUGCUUGGGCCCUGCAUCCCAUGGGAGACCAGGAGAAGUACCUGGCUCCUGCCAUUGGAUCAGUGCGGUGCGCCGGCCGCAGCGCGCUGGCCGCGGCGGCCAUUGGAUUGUGAACCAACGGCAAAAGGAAGACCUUUCUCUCUGUCUCUCACUGUCCACUCUGCCUGUCAAAAAAAAAAAAGAAUAGGGACUAGUGCUGUGGCGUAGAGCGUUAAAUCAUCGCCUGCAGUGUUGGCAUCCCAUAUGGGUGCCGGUACAAACCCAGCUGCUCUGCUUCCCAUCCAGCUUACUGCUAAUGCGUCUAGGAAAGCAGCAGAAGAUGGCCCAAGUACUUGGGCCCUUGUACCCAGGUGGGAGACUCAGAGGAAGCUAGCCUCAGCUGUUGCAGCAAUUUGGAGAAAAACCAGUACAUGGAAGAUUGGCUCUGGCUCUCCUCUGCAGCUCUCCAAGUAAAUAAAUAAAACCUUUAAAAAAGAAAACAAUAAGGAUAAAAAUAAAGACAUUUACAAACUAACAAAACCAGAAUUUGCCAGGCCAGUGUUGGCACAGCUUGUAACAUGUGCAUUCUAUAUCUAAUGUUGGUUCAAGUCCCAGCUGCUCUGCUUUUUCAUUUUUCUUUUAAAGAUUCACUUAUCUAUUUGAAAGUCAGAGAGAGAAAGGCAGAGAGAGAGAGAUCGCCCAUCUGCUGGUCCACUCCCCAACCAGCUGCAAUGGCCAGAGCUGCGCCUAUCAGGAGCCAGGAGCCUCCUUCCGGUCUCCCACACGGGCGCAGGGUCCCAAGGACCUGGGCCACCCUCCACUGCCUCCCCAGGUCAUAGCAGAGAGCCAGAUCAGAAGUGGAACAGCUGGGACAUGAACCAGUGCCCACAUAGGAUGCCAGCACUGCAGGUGGCAGCUCCAUCUGGUACGCCACAGCCCCUUUGCUUCUGAUCCAGCUUCCCACUAAUGCACCUGGGAAGUCAGCAGAAGAUGGUCCAAGUACUUGGGUCCCUGCCACACAUAUGGAAGACCAGAAUGGAGUCUCUGGUUCUUGACUUCUCCUUGGCCCAGACCUGGCUAUGAUAGCCAUUUGGGGAGUGGAACAGUGUCUGGAAGCUUGCUGUCCCUCCCUCCCUCUCUCAGUCACAAACCUUAAAACAUUACUUCAGAAAUAUAUUUUAUAAAGGGUUAAGUUGGUGAAAGACAUAAAGCAAGAAUGGUAAAAUAUUUAUAACUUGGGGCAGGCAUUGUGGCAUUGUGGGUUAAGCUGUCACCUGUAAUGCAGGCAUUCCAUAUGGGCAGUGAUUCAAGUCCCAACUUCUCCACUUCCAAUCCAGCUCCCUGCAAAUGCACCAGGGAAAGCAGUGGAAGAUGGUCCCAGUAUUUGUGCUCCUGCACUCAGUGUGGGAGACCCAUUGAAGCUCGUGGCUCCUGGCUUCAGCCUGGCCAGCUGUGGCAGUUGCGGCCAUUUGGGGAGUCAAACAGCAGAUGGAAGCUCUCUCGCUGUCUUUUUAUUUUAAUGGUGUCUGUUUGUGUGUAUGUGUUUAUUUAUUUGAAAGUCAGUUACACAGAGGAAGAGAGAGAAAAGUAUUUCCAUCUGGUGCUCUCCCCAGGGGGCUACAACAGCCAGGGCUGGGCCUAGUCCAAGCCAGGAGCUUCUUCUGGGUCUCGCACAGGGGUGGCAGGUGUACAAGCACUUGAGCCAUCCUCUGUUGCUUUUCUCAGGACAUUAGCAGGGAACUGGAUUGGAAGUGGAGCAGCCAGGACUCAAACUGUGCCAAUGUGGGCUGCAUUGCAGGCAGUAGUUUUACCUGCUAUGUCACAACACCAGCCGUGUGCGAUCUCUCUCUCUCUCUCUCUCUUUGUAACUCUGCCUUUCAAAUGAAUAAAUCUCAAAAAAAAAUUAUAACUUAAAUCUGAGUGCUAUUAGCUAAAGUGAUCUCAGAUUUUUAGUGUCUCCAGGUUCAACCAAAACAAGCAAAAAUCCUCCCUAGAGAGUAACAUCAUCCUAAGCUUCACAAUGUUUCUUCCUUUUUUUUAAAGAUUUAUUUAUUUAUUUGCAAGUUACAAGAGGUUGUUACAGAGGUUGAGGGAGAGACAUCCACUGGUUCACUUCCCAAGUGGCCGGAAUGGCCGGAGGUAGGCCAGUCCAAAGCUAGGAGCCAGAAGCUUUUUUUGGAUCUUCCACAUGGGUGCAGGGGCCCAAGUACUUGGGCCAUCUUCUGCUUUCCCAGGCACAUUAGCAGGGAGGUGGAUUGGAAGUGGAGCAGCCAGGACUCAAACCAGUGCCCACAUGGGAUGCCAGCCUUACCCAUUACGCCACAACACUGACCCCUUCACAUUGUUUCUAAAAUUCACAGGGGCUACGGUCUAAAAUGCAACCUAAGAUAACAUAGCACACAAAUAGGCCAGUAUCUGUGUGAGAAACUGCAGAAAUAAAUGACUCCCUCAUUACAUAAACAUAUAUCCAUAACAUAAAUAAAAAUAAUGCAUGGCAAAAACAACAUAUAAGUUGGGACCAGAGAUAGAUGGGGGUUAGUGUUCAAAGCUCCUUUCAUUGUCCUAAGAAGGGAAAGUAUAUCAGUCAACACUAGAUACCAAUAAAGAGAUUGCAUCUUACGAUUUCUAGAAUAACCAGUCAAUAGAAAAAGGGUAUAAAUUCUGAAUGAAUAGAAGAAAAAUGAUGAAUGAUUUUAUAAAUUUUUAAAAAACAGGUCGGUGCCGUGGCUCACUAGGCUAAUCCUCUGCCUGUGGCACUGGCACCCUGGGUUCUAGUCCCAUUCGGGGCACUAGAUUCUGUCCUGAUUGCUCUUCCAGUCCAACUCUCUGCUGUGGCCCGGGAAGGCAGUGGAGGAUGGCCCAAGUGGUUGGGCCCUGCACCCACAUGGGAGACCAGGAGGAAGCACCUGGCUCCUGCUGUGGAUCGGCGCAGUGUGCCUGCCGCAGCACACGAGCCGUAGCGGCCAUUUGAGGGGUGAACCAAUGGAAGGAAGACCUUUCUCUCUGUCUCUCCCUCUCACUGUCUAACUCUGCCUGUCCAAAAACAGAAAAAAGAAAAAGAAAAGAAAAGAGGGGCCAGCACUGUCUACAGUAGGUUAAGCAUCUGCCUGCUGCACCAGCAUCCCAUAUGGGCGCCGGUUCGAGUCCCUCCUCCUUUUCUGAUCCAGCUCCCUGCUGGCGGCUAGGAAAGCAGUAGAAGAUGUCCCAAGUCCUUGGGCCCCUGCACUCACAUGGGAAACCCAGAAGAAGCUCCUGGCUGCUGGCUUCAGAUAAGCUCAGCUCCGGCCAUAUGGGGAGUGAACUAGCAAUGGAAGACCUCUCUCGCUCUGUCUUUCCCUCUGUCUGUAACUCUGCCCCUCAAAUAAAUAAAACUUAAAAAAAAAAAAAAAAAGUGAAGGGAAGGAAAAAACUUGCUUAUCUUAAUCUGUUUUGUGUUGCUGUACUGGAGACUGGGUAAUUUGUAAACAGCAGAGAUGUAUCCUUUUUUUGAAAGCACUUGGGUCAUUCACCUUUUUUUUUAAAGAUUUUUUAAAAGAUUUAUUUAUUUAUUUAUUUGAAAGUCAAAGUUACAGAGAGAGAGAGAGAGAGAGAGAGAGGUCUUCCAUUCGCUGAUUCACUCCUUGACUGCAACAGUCAGAGCUGUGCUAUCUGAAGGCAGAAGCCAGGAGCUUCCUCCGGUUCUCCCAUGCGGGUGCAGGGACCCAAGCACUUGGGCCAUCCUCUACUGCCUUCCCAGGCCACAGCAGAGAGCUGGACUGGAAGUGGAGCAGCCGGAACUGGAACUGACACUUACAUGGGAUGUCAGCAGUGCAGAUGGAAUAUUUACCCACUACACCACAGCACCAGGCCCCCCCAAAAGGAUUUUAUUACCAGUUUUUGUGUUUUUUUCUUCCUCAUACAAAAUGUUGAACUCUUUACCUAGAAUAGAGUCAAUGUUCUGUGUAUAAAGUUAAAUGAAAAUAAAUCUUAGUGAAAAAAACAAGACUGGGAACAGGAGAGGGAAGAGGACAAGAUAGGAGUGUGGAUGGGAGGGUUGGUACGGGCAGAAUUACAGAGAGAGAGAAGUCUUCCAUCCACUGGUUCAUUCUCCAAGUGUCCGCAACAGCUGGAGCUGCACCAAUCCAGGAGCCAGAAGCCAGAAACUUCUUCUGGGUCUCCCAUGUGCGUGCAGGGGCCCAAGCACUUGGGCUAUCUUCUCUGCUUUCCCAGGCCAUAGCACAAGGCUGGAUUGGAAGUGGAACAGCCAGGACUCGAACCAGUGCCCAUAUGGGAUGCCGACACUGCAGGCAGAGGCUUUACCCGCUAUGCCACAGCACCAGCCCCAAGAGAUGUAUUUCUUAAAAUUCUGGAGCUGAGAAGUUCAAGGUGAAGGGACCCACAAGUGGCUGGAGCCUUCUUGCUGCCUCAUCCCAUAGAAGAGGCAGAAGGGCAAGAGAGCAAGCAAGCAUGUGAGCAAGAGGUGGCUGAACUCCUUUUAUAACAGGUUCACUCCUGAGAUAGCAUUAAUCCACUCAUGAGGGUUACACAUUAAAACUGCAGCAAUAAUAUAUGAGGACAACGUGAAAAAAGAUGAUACAAUGCUAUUUCUAAACCAGUUAUACCAGUGAUUAGAUGUAACUGGACUAAGUACUCUAAAAUGACAAUUUUAGACUGGACUUUUAAAAUACAUAUUUUAGAUUUAUUCAUUUGGAAGGCAGAGCAACAGAGAGUGAGGGAGAAACAGUAAGAGAACGGCUCAUUUCCCAAAUGGCUGCCACAGCCAGGUCUGGGUCAGGCUGAAGCUGGGAACCAGGAAAUCCAACCUGGUCUCCCACAUGGGUGGCAGGAACCCCACUACUUGGACCAUCUUCUAUUCUCUUCAGGGGCAUCAGCAGGAAGCUGGAUUGGAAAUGGAACAGUGAGGACUUGAACUGACAAUGCAGUAUGGGAUGCCAGUGUUGCAGGCAGCUGCUUAGUCCACGUUACAACAAUGCCAGCCCAUAAAAUAUGUAUUUUAAAAUACAUAUCUUUAACAGAUACCUAGCAUUUUUGUUUUUGUUUCACUUUUGAAAAGCAGAGAGAAAAAUGACCUGCAGUAAUCAGGGCAGGGCCAGGCCAGAGCAGGAGCUAGAACUCAGAUUCUCCCCAUGUGGGUAGAAAGCACACGAGUAUUUGAGCUGCCUCCAGGAAGCACAUUAACAGGAGGCUGGAAUGGAGAGCAGAGCUGACACUUAGCCCAAACACAGGAUGCAGGUGUCACAAACAGUGCCUUGACCACUGUGCCAAACGGCUGCACCCACAUUUUCUGUUUUAAAGAGACACAUCUACCCAUGAGAAGACAAAAAAUUUGACAUUAAAAGAAUGAGGAAAGAUCUAUGAAAAAGAAAUUGAAAAAAACCUAGUAUACCCAGAAUAAUAUCAGACAAAAGAAAUAUUAAGGGGCUGGCCCUGUGGCUUAGUAGGUUAAGCCUGCCCCUGUGGCACCAGCAUCCCACAUGGGUGCUGGUUUGAGUCCCAGCUGCUUCACUUCUGAUUCAGCUUCCUAAUAAUGGCCUGGGAGUGCAGUGAAAGAUGAUCCUAGUGCUUGGGCCCCUGCACCCACGUGGGAGACCCAGAAGAAGCUCCUGGCUCCUGGCUUUGGAUCGGCCCAGCUCUGGCCAUUGUGGCCAUUUGGGGAGUGAACCAGCAAAUGUCUCCUUCUCUCUGUCUAUAAUUCUGCCUCUCAAAUAAAUAAGUAGAUAAAUCUCUUAAAAAUAAGUAAAUAGGCCGGCUCCGCGGCUCACUAGGCUAAUCCUCCGCCUAGCGGCGCCGGCACACCGGGUUCUAGUCCCGGUCGGGGCGCCAGAUUCUGUCCCGGUUGCCCCUCUUCCAGGCCAGCUCUCUGCUGUGGCCAGGGAGUGCAGUGGAGGACGGCCCAAGUGCUUGGGCCUUGCUCCCCAUGGGAGACCAGGAUAAGUACCUGGCUCCUGCCAUCGGAUCAGCACGGUGCGCCGGCCGCGGCGGCCAUUGAAGGGUGAACUAACGGCAAAGGAAGACCUUUCUCUCUGUCUCUCUCUCUCUCACUGUCCACUCUGCCUGUCAAAAAAAAAAAAAAAAAAAAGUAAAUAGAAAUUUUAAAAAACCAUUAAGACAAGAACUAUUUCUAGAGGCAAAGAUAAAAUGAUAAAAUUCAGUGGAGGACGGCCCAAGUGCUUGGGCCCUGCACCCGCAUGGGAGACCAGGAGAAGCACCUGGCUCCUGGCUUUGGAUCAGCUCGGUGCACCGGCUGCAGCGCGCCAGCCGUGGUGGCCAUUGGAGGGUGAACCAACGACAAAGGAAGACCUUUCUCUCUGUCUCUCUCUCACUGUCCACUCUGCCUGUCAAAAAAAAAAAAAAAAAACAAAAACAAAAAAAAACCACUUUUGAUAAUAAGAGGAUAAGAUAAAUUCAGAAUCACAGUGGGAGAUUUUAACACCUCUGUGCAAUUGGUUGAAGAAAUAAUGAGAGGUAAGGUGGGGCUGGCACUGUGACAUAGUGGGUAAAGUCAAAACCUGCACUGCUGACAUCCAUUAUGGGCACCAAUUCAAGUCCUGGCUGCUCCUCUUCUGAUCCGGCUCUCUGCUAUCGCCUGGGAAAGCAGUAGAAGAUGGCUCAAGUCCUUGGGCCCCUGCACCCACAUGGGAAACCUGGAAGAAGCUCCUGGCUCCUGGCUUUGAAUUGGCCCAGCUCUGGCUGUCACAGCCAUUAUGGGAGUGAACUAGUGGAUGGAAGACCUCUCUGCCUCUGCCUCUCUAACUGCCUUUUAAAUAAAUUAAUAAACUUUUAAAAAGAAGAAGAAAUAAGGAUACUAAAGACCAAACAACAUGAUUAACAAACAGCAGCCCACACAUCAAGUGAAAAAUGCUUUAAGUAUGCUUGUAACAUUGUUUUAGUGGCCAUAAAUCUGUCAACAAAAUUUAAGAAUGGAUCCAGUGUUGUGGCACAACAAGCGAAGCUGCUGCCUACAAUGCUGGCCUCCUGUAUCAGAAUUCUGGUCUGAGUCCUGGCAGCUCUGCUUCUAAUCCAGCUCCCUGCUCAUAUUCCCAGGAAAGCAGCAGAGGAUGGCCCAUGUACCUGGGCCCCUGCCACCCACGUGGGAGACCUAGAUGGAGGUCUGGGCUCCUGGCUUUGGCCUAAACCCACCCCAACUGUUGUGGCCAUUUGGACAGCGCACCAUCACAUGGAAAAUACCUCUCUCUCUUUUUCUCUCUCUUUCCAACUCCCCUCCCCUUCAAAUAAAUAAAUAAAUCUUUUUUUAAAUCACCAAUUAAGUUCCUCAGUGACAACACAAUUAAACCAGAAAUUAGUAGCGAAUAAAUCAUUGGAAUAUUAUAUUUUGCAAUUAAGGAAUGAACUUUAGAAGAAAAUAUGGAUUACAGAUAUUGCAGUGAAAAAAAUCAAAUCUUUUGAACUCAGUAAUGAAAAGCCUCAAGAUUGAGGAGUAUGACUAAAACAAUACUUAAGGGUGAAAUGGAUAGCCUUAAAUCAUAUUACAUAAGAAGAAAGACUUGGGGGCUGGUGCCGCGGCUCUCUAGGCUAAUCCUCCGCCUGCAGCACUAGCAUCUCAUACGGGCGCUGGGUUCUAGUCCUGGUUGCUCCUCUUCUAGUCCAAGCUCUCUGCUGUAGCCCAGGAAGGCAGUGGAGGAUGGCCCAAGUGGUUGGGCCCUGCACCCGCAUGGGAGACCAGGAGAAGCACCUGGCUCCUGGCUUUGGAUUGGCGCAGCGCCAGCUGUGGCGGCCAUUUGGGGGAUGAACCAACGGAAGGAAGACCUUUCUCUCUGUCUCUCUCUCUUAAAAAAAAAAAAAAAAAAAAAGACUUGGGACAGGUGUUGUGGCACCCAUGUUGGAGUGCCAGUUGAAGUCCCAAUGACUCUGUUUCUGACUCAGUUCCCUGUGAAUGUGCCAGGGAAGCAGUGGGUGAUGCCCCAAGUCAUUGGAUCCCUGCCACCCAUGUGGGAGGCUGAGAUGGAGUUCUGGCUUCCUGGUCUCAGCUCAGCCCUGGCUGUUGUAGGUAUUUGAGGAAAACCAGCAGUUGGAAGCUCUGUCUCUGUCAUUUUGCCUUUGAAGUGAAUAAAUAAAUACGUUUUUUCAAAAGAACAAUUUAAAAUGAGCUUAAUAAGCAUUUAUUUCAAACAAAAUGAAGUGACUUAAAUCCAAUUCCCAAAUAAAAGAAAUGGAAUAAGAAAAGCAGAGAUUAGAAAAGCUGAAAGCCUUUCUCCUCAGAUCUGGAACAAGACUAGGAUAUCCACUUUCACUACUCUUAUUCAAUACAGUACUGGAAGUAUUAGCAAGAGCAUUUAGGGAAGAGAAAUAAAUAAAGGGCAUACAAAUCAGAAAAGAAGUCAAAAUAUCUAUUUGCAGAUGAUGGGAUUUUGUACAUGUAAGAACCUAAACACUCCACCAAUAAGCUAUUAGAACUUAUAAGCCAAUUCAGUAAAAUUGCAGCUUACAAAAUAAACAUACCUGGAAAAGUAGCUUUUUUAUACACUAAUGGUGAGCUCACUGAAAGAGAAAUCAAGAAAAAAGAUCCUAUUCACAAUAGCCACAAAAAAAUUUAGGAAUAAAUUUAUUUUUAAAAGAUUGAUUUAUUCUUUUAUUUGAAAGGCAGAACUACAGAGAGGCAGGGGCAAAGAGAGAGAAAAAUCUUCUAGCCACUGGUUCACUCCCCAGAUGGCCACAACGACCAGAGUUGGGCCAAUCUGCAGUCAGGAGCCGGGAUCUUCUGAGCCCUUUACACAGAUGCAGGGGCCCAGGGACCUGGGCCUGCUUUCCCAGGCCACAGCAGAGAGCCAGAUCAGAAGUGGAGCAGCGGGACUUCAACCAGUGCCCAUAUGGGAUGUUGGCAACUGUAGGCAAUGCUUUACCCACUAUGCCACAGCACCAGCCUCAGGAAUAAAUUUAACCAAAGAAAUGAAAAAUCUCUACAAUGAAAAUUACAAAACAUUGAUAAAAGAAUUCAUCAAAGACAAAAAAUAUGGAGAACUAUUCCUUGCUCAUGAAUUGAAAGAAUCAAUAUGUUUAAACUGGGGCCAGUGCUGUGGUGUAGAAGAGUAAACCUUUGCCUUCAGUACUGGCAUCCCAUUUAGGUGCUGGUUCAAGUCCCUGCUACUCCAUUUCUGAUCUAGCUCUUUGUUAAUAGGCCUGAGAAAGCAAUGGAGGACAGCCCAAGUACCUGGAAGAAGCUCUUGGUACCUGGCUUUGGCCUAGCCCAGCCCCAGCCAUUGUGGCCAUUUGGGGAGAGAAUCAGCAGAUGGAAGAUCGAUCUUUCUCUCUCUCCUCUUUCUGUAUCUCUGCCUUUCAAAUAAAUAAAUAAGUAAAUACAUUUUUAAAAAUAUAUCAUUAAACUGUCUAUACUACCUAAAGUGAUCUAUAGAUUCAGUGCAAUCCCUAUCAAAAUAUCAAUGACCUUCUUUAUGGAUUUAGGAAAAACAAUCCUAAAAUUCAUAUGAAAUCACAAAAGACCUAGAAUAGCCAAAGCAAUCUUGAGAAAAAACAAUCAAACCUCAGGCAUCACAGUACCUGACUUCAAAGUACACUAAAAAGCCAGAUUAAUUAAAACAGCAUGGAACGGCAUAAAAACUUAACACAUAGACGAAUGGAACAGAACAGAGCCCAGAAAUUCAUUCACAGACAUACAGCCAACUGAUUUUUGACAGAUGUACCCAGACAUUGGAGUAAGGUUAAUCUCUUCAAUAAAUGAUGCUGGUGGGACCGGCACUGUGGUGUAGUGGGUAAAGCUGCCACCUGCAGUGCCGGCAUCCCAUAUGGGCACCAGUUCAAGUCACCGCUGCUCCACUUCCAAUCUAGCUCUCUGCUAUGGCCUGGCAAAGCAGUAGAAGAUGUCCCAAGUCCUUAGGCCCCAGCACCUACAUGGGAGACCCAGAAGAAGCUCCUGGCUUAGGAUGGAAGUCCUGUCUCUGUCUCUGUCUCUCUCUCCCCCUCCCCCUCCCCCCCUCCCUCUCCCCCUGCCUCUCUGUAACUCUGCCUUUCAAAUAAAUAAAUAAAUCUUUAAAAAAAAAUGAUGCUUGUAAAACUGGAUAUUUAUAUGUAGAAGAAUCAGAUCCAUACCUCUAACCAUUUACAAAAAUCAACUCAAGAUAUAUCAAAGGCCUAAAUGUAAGACUGAAAGCUAUGAAGUUGCUGGAAGAAAAUGUAGAGGAAAUACUCCAAGACAUUGGUGUAGGUGAUGACUUCUUAGGUAAAACCCCCAACACAAGCAACAAAAGCAAAACUAAACAAGUGGAUCUUAUCAAACUCAUAAGUGUAUGCAUUGCAAGGAAAAUUAUCUGUAGAGUGAAAAGACAUCCAACAGAAUGGGAAAAUAUACUUGCUUGCUACCUGACAAAGGAUUAAUACCUAGGAUGUAUCUGCAACUAAAAAACUCACCAAAAACAACAAAAUGACUUUAGUUAAGAAAUGGGCAAAGGAGGAGCUGGUGUUGUGGUACAGCAGGCAAAGACGCUGCCUGCGAUGCCAGCAUCCUAUGUGGGCACCAAUUCCUGUCCCAACUUUUCCACUUCCAAUCCUGCUCUUUGCUAAUCUGCCUGAGAAAGCAGCCAAAAAUGACCCAAGUACUUGGGCCUUUGUCACCCAUGUGAGACCCAGAUGAAAUAUCUGAUUCCUGGUUUGACCUGGCCCAGUCCUGGCUGGUGCAGCUAUCUGGGGUGUGAACCAGCAGAUGGAAGAUAUCUUUCUCUCCAUCUCUCCCUCUCUCUCUGUAACUCUGCCUUUCAAAUAAAUAAAUAAAUCUUUAAAAAAGGGGAUGUGUGUGGCAUAGUGGGUAAAGCCACCACCUGCAGUCCCAACAUCCAUUAUGGGUGCUGGUUUGAGUCCUGGCUACUCCACUUCCGAUCCAGCUCUCUGCUAUGUCCUGGGAAAGCAGUAGAAGAUGGCCCAAGUCCUUGGGUCCCUGCACCCAUGUGGGAGACCCGGAAGAAGCUCCUGGCUCCUGGCUUUGAAUUGGCCUAGCUCCAGCCGUCGCAGCCAUUUAGGGGAGUGAAGCAGCAGAUGGAAGACGCUCCCCUCCCCCGGCCCGGUUCUCCUUCUCUUCCUAUGUAAUUCUGACUUUCGAAUAAAUAAACUCCCAGUUCCUGCUAUCAUGGGUAUUUGGCUAGGGAAGCUGCAGAUGGGUACUCUGACCUUAUCUUUCUCUGUCUCCUUAUCUUUCUCUCUGUGUGUCUCUCUCUCUUUCCCCUAUCCUCCCUCUCAAAGAAACAAAUAAAAAUUUUAAAAUAAAAUUGGGUCAGCCGAAUAAUUUGUCCCUGGAGAUCCAAUUCUUCAAAUUGUCUUGAGAGGAAAAUACAAGCUUUUCAUGGCAUAGAUACUACCCAUCUACCAGCUAUUGGCUAUUUAGAAAUUUGUUGGUGAAAAUUUUGCCCAAACUUUGCUGCCUGUUUUACAACACGUAGUGCAGCCUGGUUCUACAAUUCAUUCUCUGCAAUUCAUGGGCUCUGUUUAAUAACAUUCAGAUUCUCCUUGGUUCGAUUCUGUUCUGUUCUUUUUUUUCUUCCUUCCUCCCUCCUUCCCUCCCCUCCCCUCCCCUUUCCUUCCCUUCCCUCCUUCCAAGAUUUAUUUAUUUGAAAGGCAGAGUUAGAAAGGGAGAGACAGAUCUUCCAUCCAUUAGUUUACUCCCUAAAUGGCUGCAACAGCCUGGGCUAAACCAGGCCACAGCCAGGAGCCUGAAACUGCCAUCUGGUCUCCCAUAUGGGUGGCAGGGGCCCAAAUACUUGAGCCAUCUUCCACUGCUUUUCCCAGGCAUAUUAGCAGGGAGCAGAAUCAGAAGUGGAACAUCCAGGACUCAUACCUGCACUCAUGGGCUGCCGACAUCACAGGCUGUGGCUUAACCUGCUGUGCCUCAGUGCCAGCUCUUCCCUUCAGUUUUCAACACCCUCAGGUUAACCAUAAUGACCACAGCUUCUGUUUGGUGUCACUUGGUAUGCAUACCCAAAACAUAGAAUCUUAUUGGAAUGAAUGUAAGCAAAGCACAAGACUGUAAGAGGAAUUCAUUUCAAUAUGUGGGGGUCAUAUUUGGCCAAAUUUACCUGGGAUGAUCAAUUUGGGAAUAGUUCUUUCAAUUCCCUUUUGCUGUGUGUAUCAGAACAAUUUCAAGUUAAUAAUAUGAUGUUUGCGGGAACAGUUGUUUGGCAUAGCAAGUAAAACGCUGCUUAAGAUACCCAUAUCUUUUCUUUUUUCUUUCUUUCUUUCUUUCUUUUUUUUUUUUUUUUUUUUUUUUUUUUUGACAGGCAGAGUGGACAGUGAGAGAGAGAGACAGAAAGAAAGGUCUUCCUUUUUGCCGUUGGUUCACCCUCCAAUGGCCGCCGCGGCCAGCCACCGCACUGAUCCGAUGGCAGGAGCCAGGUACUUCUCCUGGUCUCCCAUGGGGUGCAGGGCCCAAGCACUUGGGCCAUCCUCCACUGCACUCCCUGGCCACAGCAGAGGGCUGGCCUGGAAGAGGGGCAACCGGGACAGAAUCCGGCGCCCCGACCGGGACUAGAACCCGGUGUGCCAGCGCCGCAAGGCGGAGGAUUAGCCUAGUGAGCUACGGCGCCGGCCAAGAUACCCAUAUCUAACACCUGAGUGCCUGGGUUUAAUUACCAGCUCUGGGCUGGCACUGUGGCAUAGCAGGUAAAGCUCCCACUGGUGGUGCCAGCAUCCCAUAUAGGCACUGAUUCAAGUCCUGGAUGCUCUGUUUCCAAUCCAGCUCCCUGCUGGUACAUCUUGGAAGGCAGUGGAGGAAGUCUGUGGGCCCCUGCACCCACAUGGGAGACCCAAAAGAAGCUCCUGACUCCUGACUUCAGACAGGCCCAGCUCAGCCCAGUUGCAUAAAUAAAUAAAUCUUAAAAAAAAAAUUACCAGCUCUGCUUCCAAUUCCAGCUUCCUGCUGAUAUGCACGGUGGAUGGCAACAAGUGAUGGCUUGGGUGCUUUGGUUCCUGCCAUCCACAUAAGGGACUCCUGGCCUCUGGCUUUGGCCUGGCUCAGACCCAUUUGUGAGAUGCAGGAAAUGAACCAGUAGAGAAUGGGAGAUACCUCUCUCUCUCUGAAGGUAGGAGAGAACGUCCACUUUGAUUAUGGCCCUGUCUAAAUAAUGUCAGAGUUUGUGGACUCUGGAAGCUUCCAUAGCCUUGACAGUUCAUGACAAGAGCCUCGGGUGAUCACUGACGUCAUAAACAAGAGUGUCAAUUGUUUAAUCAACAACAGGAGUCACUGUGCACUUGCUCCCCAUGUAGGGAUAAAUAAUUUUAAAAUAAUAGCAUGAUGUUUUGAUUAAUAUAUUUCUUUUUAUUGUAUAUAUCAUCAGGGCCAAAUUUCUUCAAUUUUAUGUGUCUGAGAAAUAAAUUGUUCAGUUGACUCAUAAAAUGAAUAAAAGGCAUGUGAAAGAAACAAAAUUCUCAGUAGUUAAAGAUUGCAUAAUUGUAUACAUGGAGAUCCAGAAUCCCCUAAUAAUCAGAUUAUUAGGAUAAGAGUUUAGAGAAUUUGUUACUUAAACUUUUAAGUUUUUCUAAAUACCAGCAACAGAAUUAGAAAAUGAAGUUUUUAAUAUAUACAAUUUUCAAUCCAACUAAAAAUAUUCAUAUAUGCCUCCUAGAAAUAAAUCUAACAAAAAUAUGCAAGGACCCUCCCCUCUUCUUUUUUUGUAAGGCAUUUUUGGAGAAACUCAAAGCUCCAUUAAAAGAAGCUUCAAAGGAAGCCUGACUAAAUGGGGAGGUUAGCAUGUCCAUGAUUGGAAAGCUCGAUAUUAUAAAGACAUCAGUUUUAUGAUUGAGCAAAUGAGCAAUUCCUGUCAAAAUAUCAACAAAAGUAUUUUUGUUUGUUUUGCUUUAUUUUGGAACUUGGUAGUCCGUUUCUUAAAUCUACUAGAGUAAGGAGCCAAGAAAAUCCAAGCCUCUUGUUAUGGUUUGGAUAAUAAUUUGGGUGUCCCCCAAAGGCUCAUGUUUAAGGGCUUGAUCCCCAAAGUCUUUUUUUAAAGAUUUUAAUAUUUGAGAGGUAGAGUCACAGACAGUGAGAGGGAGAGGAGACAGAGAGAAAGGUCUUCCUUCUGCUGGCUCACUCCCCAGAUGGCUGCAACCUUCAGAGCUGAGCUGAUCCAGAGCCAGGAGCUUCUUCUAGGUCUCCCAUGUGGGUACAGGGGCCCAAGCACUUGGUCCAUCUUCUACUGCUUUCCCAGGAGCAUUAGCAGGGAGCUGGAUUGGAAGAGGAGCAGCCAGGACUAGAAUCAAUGCCCAUAAGGGAUUCGGUGCUGCAGGCAGAGGAUGAACUUAUUGUGCCACAGCACCCCCCCUCCAAAGUCUUAAUAUCAGUGGAUUGAGGGUGAAAAUCCAAUUAUGGUAUCUGAAGGUAGGGCCUUGGAAAGUGCUUAGAUUGGAUGAAGCUGCUAGGAUAGAGCCAAUGAUUGAAUCAGACAGAUCUGUAAGGGGAAGAUCACAUGCAGGCGUAGGGGAUGUUCAGCCUAUGGGCCAUAUAUGGCCCUGUGAAGUCCCCGGCACUGCCUAGGCAAGUGCAAGUGGAACUUGAAAUUCAAUAAAUCUGUAGCAUGCUAAAUUUUAAGUUGAUAAUUUCGUAUGCUCCAGAAAUGGUGUUAUAAAAAUACCCAAAUGGCCCUGGACAGAAGGACAUUUUCCCACCCUGAUAGAGAAUAGAUGAUGAGUGUGGGCUUUGUCUCCUCCUCUCAGCUUCCUGACUGACCUUGUGAUCCUCCCUCUGCUUGGCUUCUGCCAUCCUUUGCCCUCAGCAGAUGCCAGACCUGAUCUUAGACUGUGAGUCCCUAAGUGUCAAAGGGAUCACACAAAUAAAAUCAAUAUCUGCUAAUAAUAACUGAUAGAAUUAAAAAGGAGAGAACCAUUCAACAUGGGAAGCAGGACACACAGCAGACUCAUAGAAUGACAAAUACCCUAAACAGCACUCUGGCCUCAGAAUCAGCCCUUAAGGCAUUCGGAUCUGGUUAAAAAAGCCCAUGAGAGUUUCUCAGGCAUGGAAAGCCAAGACACUGGCAAAAAAUGACCUAAAUGAAAGAUCUCUGUGAGUGAGGUCCCAGUGGAAAGAAGGGAUCAUUAAAGGAGGAGGUACCUUUCUCUGAAGGUAGGAGAGAACGUCCACUUUGAUUAUGGCCCUGUCUAAAUAAUGUCAGAGUUUGUGGACUCUAGAGGCUUCCAUAGCCUUGGCAGUUCAUGACAAGAGCCUCAGGUGAUCACUGACGUCAUAAACAAGAGUGUCAAUUGUUUAAUCAACAACAGGAGUCACUGUGCACUUGCUCCCUAUGUAGGACCUCUGCCCUUAAUGUGUUGUACUAUGAGGAUUAAUGGUAAAACUAGUCUUCAAACAGUACUUUAUACUUUGUAUGUCUGUAUGGGUGCAAACUGUUGAAAUCUUUACUUAGUAUAGAGUUGAUCUUCUGUAUAUAAAGAUAAUUAUGGCCAGCGCUGCGGCUCACUAGGCUAAUCCUCCACCUGUGGCGCCAGCACCCCGGGUUCUAGUCCCGGUUGGGGCACUGGAUUCUGUCCCGGUUGCUCCUCUUCCAGUCUAGCUCUCUGCUGUAGCCCUGGAAGGCAGUGGAGGAUGUUCCAAGUGCUUGGGCCCCUGCACCCACAUGGAAGACCAGGAAGAAGCACCUGCUCCUGGCUUUGGGUCGGCUCAGUGCACCAGCUGUAGCAGCCAUUUGGGGGGGUGAACCAACGGAAGGAAGACCUUUCUCUCUGUCUCUGUCUGUCUCUGUCUCUCUCUCUCUCUCUCACUAACUCUGCCUGCCCCCCCCCCAAAAAAAGAGAGUUUGUGUAAAAUAAACCAGCUCUACAUUGAAAAGAAAAGAUAAUUAAAAAUGAAUCUUAAUGAAGAAUGGGGUGAGAGA